CCCACUGGCUGAUCAGGGACGACUCUUCCCACCUUAACUGGAUUUUGGCUAAGAAGAAACAAAAAAUACGAUAAAAGUAGAAAGUGUUGUCCCUGAUUAGCCGGUGCAGACUGCACAGGCUAAUCUGGGAUGACACAUUACACACAUGCAUUAAACCCCCUUUUCACACAUCAUGGCUAACAUGAACUUAUGUAGGACUUUUCAUGAAGGUUGCUGGUGGUCUCCUGCUCAUUCUUAUACCUAUUAAGUUUUAUAUGAACUUAUAUGGGACUUAUUAUAAAGGUUGCAGGUGGUCUCCUGCUGAUGGAAGGUGAAAAGGAAGCCUUGGAAGGGAAAGAGGUCAAGUACUUUGAUCUGUACCCAGAAAGGUCAUACAAGGAGGGAUCUGCAGCCCAGACCCACUUCCGUCUGGCAGAGUCUCAGUUUUAUAGGCUGCUAAAUACCGGAAUGACUAAAACCAAUUUAGUGAAAGUGGAAUACGUCCUUAAUCCAGAUCUGGUGCAUCAUUUCAGGGGACAACGUCCAUGCGCAUCGUACAGACACUGGCUGGUAUGGAAAGGGUGUCUACUUCAGUGAAUACCCCGCCUACUCUA